AAAUGGAUAACAAUAAUGCUGCUUUAUUACUCCAAUUAUUAACAAACCCAAGUGCUUUACAACAAACACUUGCAACUAUUUCACAAAGUCAGCAACAAAGUUCAUCUAUGCCUGAAACUACUUUGCUAGUACCAUCUAACACUAUUAUUGAGAUUGUUAAUACAGGAGCAA